CUGCUGCCCGGAGCGAACUGCACUCGGUCCCCCGAUAUUUGACAGAUGGAUGCUGAGCUGUCGUGAGGGAGGAGGAUGAAAAAAUCGGCUGAUAUAUUUUUUGGCAUUUUCGCUCAUAGCCUAUUUAUGGGAGGCAGCGGCGGCUUGGCCCUUUCUUUAUUAUAGGAACGAGAUCUCCGCGGUUAGCUAUGUGAAGAGCAGAUCGCCUAAUAAUUCUCGUUUCGCGAUCCUGAGGAAUAAUUAUGAACAACGCGCAAGAUAUGUCGCCCGAUUUCGUGUUGAUGCGCCUGGUUUCCGCGGCCGAGGAUGACCGCUUGGACGCAGAAAACGGGAAUCUGCCGCCGGGAGGAGUGGUGGCAGGGCUGGGGAAGGAGGUCCUGGCUCACAGCGGCGUCAAAGCGGGGUUGGAUAUCAGCCGAGAUCCGACGGCGGGCCUCGAGCAUCCUAGCAACCGCCUGAACAAAGCGCAGCCGAGCGGCGAGGGCACGGCUGCACCUGACACCGGGGGGACGGAGAGCCGAGCCCCGCUGUCCGCGCCUCCUCCGCCGCAGAGCCCCAUGGAGGCCCAGGGCUUUGACUUCGCUCCCAGCCCCGGCCUACGGCCUCAGCUGCUGGUCUUCUCCAAUAUAAUGCGGAACGGAGAGGGGAUUUUAGAAUUAGACCGACGGAAUCAGCCGAGGGAUGCUCUGGGUUUGGACCAGAGCCCGGGAUCUGGCUGCUCCGGCCCGACUGUCAAUAACAACACCCUGAGUCCGGGAGACGUUCAGCAGCAGCAGCAGAACCUGCUGGACCGGACAUGGGGAGCGCAUCCGCCGGUAACCGCGGACAUGCAGGGAGCUGCGGAGCUGUGCCGCCGGCAUCGACUCAUCACUACCCCGCCCGAGUGGCCCUUGUUGUCGGAGAGAUCCAACCCUCUCACCGUGAUUGACUCUAAAUGGGGAUGCGCCACCAGGGACAGAGAGGGAGCCGUGUUUGAGCUGGCCCGACGGUUCGGGGAGCUGGGGGUCGGUGCGGUACCCAAGAUGCUGUUCAAAGCAGGAGAGCUCCCGCAGUGUUCGUGUCAGGGUGCACACGGACCGGCAGGAGGGGGAGUAGAGCCCGGGGAUGACCCGACAGAGACCAGCGAUGCAUUGUUGGUCCUGGAGGGGCUGGGGAGCGGGGAUGUUGCCGGCCUGGGCAUGGACGAGUGCCCGGAGGGUGAGACGGAUGAUGAGAACGGACGCCGCGAGUUUUUGCUCAACAGGAAAAGGGAAAUAGUUCAGAAGAUGUCCGGGACUUUCUCCAUCAGCAGCUUCCAAGCGGAGCUGAGGAGGCAGGUGGAGGGGUUGGCCCCGGCGGCGACCGAGGCGGCGGCAGCAGCGCACCUUGGCGCGCAGGUGUGCAGCCUCCACGGGAACUUAGCCAGCCGGCUCUCGCAGGUAAGCUCCGGGGACUCAGAGGUUGUCGCCCAGGUUGCAACCAUGUCACCGUCACCUACACCGGUCCAGAACUCCCCCUGGGCCACAAGCCCAAACCCAAGCCAGGCGUCGACACCCAGGAGGCGGCCGGAGCGGUGCGCCAGUGCGCCGCGGACUCCCACAGGAUGGGCCGCGGGUGCGGAAAAGACCCUCAAAGUUCCGGGGAAGUCCAAAAAGGGCUCGUUAAAGAUCCGCCUGAGUAAACUGUUCCGGACUAAAAGCUGCAGCGGCUCCAAUCACCUGCUGGACAAGAGGCCCUCAGUGACCUACUCAGUAUCUUCUGCCGGGAGUCUGGUGGACAUGGCGAGCACCGCAGGUCCUGAGCAGGACGCGGACAGCCAGCCCAGACUGACCAGGGCCCACAGUGCCUUCUCCCCCGCCUCCCUCUCUGCCUCCCUCUCUGCUUUCACUGGUGAGACUGUUUCCCUGAUGGAUGUGGAUAUUUCACGGCGAGGGGCGAACACGCCACACCCUCCCACGCCUCCCCCUCCUCCACGUCGAAGUCUCAGUUUGUUAGAUGACAUAGCCGGGCCUCAGCCUGGGCCUUUCCUAGUGAGUGUUAUGGGCGCAUCCCUGCAGUCCCUCCCCCUGCCUCUCCCUCCUCCUCCUCCUCCCUCCCACGCCACCAUCCAGCACAGUCUCAGCCUCAAUGACGCCUUCCUCCGGGCACUUCCUCAUUCAACCCCAUCGCCGGCUGAUGCUCCACCCCCUUCCAGACAGGCCCCACCCCCCAUGCUGUGCGCCCUGCGGCGGUCUGAAGCCAGCAACUUCACCGCCAGUCUGAGAGAGCUCGAGAAGGGACCGGACGAUCUCUUCCUGGUCCGAGACAGUUCGGACUCGCGAUACACCCUGAGCCCUCAGCCUUCAGGUCGCAGAGAGUCACCAACUUACCGCACACACCGCAUGGAAGCCCAUCUUGUACCGAGUUUAUUCACACCUGAGGGGACGUUCAGCUUGUGGUGCCACCCGAAGUUUGAGGAUCGUUGCCACUCGGUGGUGGAGUUCAUAGAGAGAGCCAUCAUGCACUCCAAGAAUGGCAAAUUCCUCUACUUCCUCCGCUCCAGAGUCCCAGGGCUUCCUCCCACCCCGGUUCAGCUACUGUAUCCUGUAUCUCGCUUCAGCAAUGUGAAGUCACUACAACAUCUCUGUCGCUUCUGCAUCCGACAAAUAGUCCGCAUCGACCACAUCCAGGAGCUUCCACUGCCCAGACCACUAAUAUCCUACCUGAGUAAGUUUUAUUACUACGACCCCGAGGAGGAGAUGUACCUGUCAAUCAAGAGCAUCCGGAGGGUGGUGGGAGCAGAGCAGGAGGCUGAGUCGCAGACGUAG